GUUUCAUUACGAGGUUUUGAAUGAGAAGUAGUUGGUGCGACCAUGACUUUGUUGGGAUUUACUUGCUUCUGUUACUAUGUAUACUUGACUCCAGCCAUAUACGGCCAGCACUUGGAACCAACUGCGAAGCAGGCCCACCAUUUGCAUCCCUGGCCAUCCUCGACAGAAACUCGUGCGAACCCCCACAUGAUGUAUCAUUCCUUCGACAGGGCUAUGUCGCGGAAGGAGCAUCUGGUGGACAAUGUCUCCUUCCACAGUUCCACUGGAUAGAUCCCCUGAAUACUAGUUACCUUGGCAUUGGCUUGGCAGUCAACCGGGUUCUCAUGGCCUCAAGAUGAAGGUCUUUUUAUAUUGGUAAACGCCGGAUAUCGAGGCAUGUUUCUUGGUUGCUGGAAAGUCUGCUUCAAGGUUGGCAAAAAGUCUUUAAAGGAUCUCGCCAGCGCUAUGCGUUCCACCUCCAUCAUCAUCACCGCUGUCGCUUGGUUGGCUUGGAGCUCCGAACUUGCGGCCAGUGAUCCCGUUAACGAUCAGUGGGCCGUAUUUCCUCUACAGAGCGGUGCUUUCGAGAUCCAUGAGCUCCACGAGGUCUUCCUCACGGUCCAAUAUGGGUCGGGAGAACCAGACACUAUCCGCCACCGUGACGAGGAGGAGAAGCUUCUCGGGCGUAUGAGCAGAAAUCAUGGGACAUGGGACUCUCACCAUCCGCGCCACCGCCUUCUCCAAGCCCUACACGGCUUUAGUCGGUACGAGGAGAGAAACAUGGCGGAGCUGAACCGGUGGAGAGGCCUGUACAGGCACGUCUCAAAGAAGCAAAAGGAGGUCCUGGAACGAGAGGUGCAAUACAGUGGGAGGUUUUCUACGGUCGAGAGGCUGCUCAAGAGCAACCAAGGGUUGUGCCAGGCUAUUGUGGACAACGCUCUUCAAUUCUACCGCAUCAGCAACCAGGAGCUCGAGAAAUUCAUCCGCGACACGGAGAAGAGUGGCUCAGUUGCCGAGAAGGUGAGCGUGGGCCAGUCCCUGAAGCACUUCGUUAGAGACUGGGCAGAGUCCGGCAUCAAGGAGCGUGACCCCGGCUUCACAUGCGUGCUCAACACUCUCGAUGACCUCUUUCCGACUCAAGAGAACACCAACGCUAUUCCCAAAGUCAUGAUCCCUGGGGCAGGGCUUGGGAGGCUUGGCCACGAGGCAGCAAAACUUGGUUUUGAAGUCACAAUAAACGAGUGGUCAAUGUACAUGAACAUUGCCUAUCGCUUCCUGGAGAGUCACCGCGAACGGCACUCCCAAACGUUCUAUCCCUUUGUCGAUUCCUGGUCGCAUCAUGCGUCGACCAACGACAUGAUCCGACCCGUCUCAUUCCCUGACGUCCCCAUCAAUGCGAGCUCGGUGGUACUCGUCGAGGGAGAUUUUACGACUGCGUUUAAGGACGGCACAGGGACAUACGACGUCGUCAUUACGUACUUCUUCAUCGACACGGCCCGCAACCUCGUGAGUUACUUCGACACGAUCCACCUGUUGUUGAGACCCGGAGGGUAUUGGCUCAACUUUGGACCUUUGCUCUACGGCACUGCGCCGUUUGUACAACUAUCGCUCGACGAAAUCGUUUCCGUGGUGGAGUCAUUUGGGUUUCAGUUCUUGGAGACAAAGGACACUUGUGGCGACAUAACCCUGCCCGGGAAGCAAGUAAGGGGGAAGGAGGCGAUUUACGGAUUCAAUGACCGGGCUCUUACUAAGAACGCUUAUAACUCGCAGUUUUGGGUUGCGCAGAAGCAGCACAGCUGAGAGGUAUAAGUAGUGUGUUGAAAUGCGUUGACUCUCAGUCCCAUAGGUUCAGCCUUGUGCAGUUAGGAAUGCGUUUGCAUCUUAAUCCAUCGAAGCUAGCAGUCCCACGAAACGCUUAUACAAGGAUGGGAAUUCCACAAACUGGGGUGUGAUGGAAGGAGAUGAGACUUCAG